AUGGAAUAUAGUGACACACAAAUUCAUUCAAAUUCAUCAAAGGUAGAUAUAAUUGAUAAGAAAGGAAUGAAUCCAAUUGAUACAACUGAUACCAAUUUUAUAGGCAGCAGUGAUUCAAAUCGAACACGCGUUUUAAUGCCACAAGAAAUAAGUAACACAUUUCGAAUAAUGGCUUAUCGUAAAUCAGAGAGACAAGUUAGAGGUCGAUAUCGAAGACGAUCAUAUACAAGAGUAUUUUGGUUUAUAAUGUUUAUAUUAUUAUAUUUAUCAUUGAUUGGAGCCGGAAUUGGUGGUUUAUUAAAGAACGUUAGCACAUGGAAAAGAUGGCCAGAAUUCGCGACUUUCGUGGCGGCACUUGCUUUAAUGAUGUACGUUUACUAUAAGAUAACCGAAGUCGUAAGAUGGUGCUUUUAUUGGUUAGCAAUUGCUACUAUAAUUCUUUUGAUUAUAAAUAGAGGUUCGCUUACGCCUGACGAUUCACAAUCCCCUUCAACACGCAUUGUGAUAAUAAUUCUUUCCUCCGUUGAAGGCUUAACGUUAUUAAUAUGGAUCAUUAUUCGAUAUAUUUAUCCACGUAUCGUUAAGGAUGCUAAAUGGUUGGACACAAUAUGGUGGUGGAGAAUAAAACAAUCGGACAUUCAUCCUUAUAAAGGAGAUGCCGUUGGAUAUUUUCAUUAUUACGCCUGGGAAAGUUAUAGCCUUUGGUUUAGACAUGGACUUGUUACUUAUGUUGGUGAGAUUAAUGCCGAUGGCCGACCUCACGGACGCGGUGAAUGGGUUGAUGAUUCAUUUGAUGGAGAGUGUUUAAAGGGUAUUUGGGAAGAUGGAGUACCUAUUGGACCCUUUCAGGCAAGAGGCACGGGAACAGGAGACGCGUUUCAUACGGUUCGAGUUGGACUUGUAAAAAAUAGUUAUACACCGUGGGAUGAAUGGAGGUUUUAUCCUAGACCUUAUAAUAGUGGAAUAGAUAUAACGGUUGCUUCUGUUGAGUGCUCUGUUUCUGGCAAAUAUUUAAAGCAUCUUCCACGGUCCACAUUAAUAUUUCCACAAAAAUUCGAUGAAGAAUCAAAUAAAUUGACGAUGAAAGAUUGUUUGGAAUAUUUGACAACAUUUGCUUCCUUCAUGGGACCCGAUUUUGAUGCCAAUGAUGCGACGCAAUCUUCAGUGAUAAUUAGAAUGAAUGAUGAAGGAUUUGCGAUUACAGGAUUUUACCCCAUCGAUAAAACUACUUCCCGUAACGAGGUAGUUAUAAGAAGGGUUCCUAAGGAAACAAGGAAUUAUUCUAAUAUCGAGUAUACUCUCAAAAUUGACGGCUGGAAACAAUCUGGCACCACUAGUGCAUCGGGACAUUGUGAGGGUUUGAUGGAAUGUAUCGUAUUCAUACAUGGGUUCAAUUGUCCGUCAAAGUUUGCCUUGGAAACAUUUGGACAAUUUCUUGCAUUGGCAGAUUUUCCUAGUUACAUAAAACCCUUUGUGUUCUCACCACCGAGUACGAACUCUUUGUGGUAUUUUGGAGUCAAAAAACAGGCAUCUUCGGAACAAGCGAUUAAUGAUUUUCGGACAUUUUUACAAGACCUUCGUGAUGCGGGAUUUUGCGCAGUACAUAUAUUAAGUCAUUCAAUGGGUUGUAUGUUGGCACUACAAUAUGCAGAAGCAUUUGAAGAAAUUUUUCAAAUGAAAGGUUCAAGUAAAAGUCAAGAUUCGGAGGAAACAUUAAUGAAAUUACCGACGGUUACAUUACUUAAUCCUGAUACCUCUUUAAAUCAAUUCCUUAUACAUGAUUAUGCUAAUUUGAAUAGAUAUUGUGAUCAUAUUACAAUAUAUUCAAAUGAGCGAGAUUUUGCAUUGAAAAUAGGUGAAUUCUUUGAACAUGACAAAAGUUUGGGAAGAUAUACAUGUGAUAUGAAAUGUCGUGAUGGAAAAUUAUUAAAUGUUGAUUUGAUUGAUACAACUCAAUUGGAUGUUAAUAUGCAUAAGAUUAGACACAACUUUUUUAAUUUAAAUAGAUUGUUGGUAGAUGAUUUACGAGAUAUUAUAGUUUUUGGUAAAAGAGCAAAGGAAAGAAGAACGAGACUAAGUAGAAAAGUUAAAGGUGUUGGGUUGGAAGGUAUCGUAUAUACUUUCUUGGUUGCUCCAAGUUACGUCGUUAAUAAAUGA